AAUUAUCUGACACGCCGAAUUUUAGCCUAUAUAUAGAACAAUAGCGAGAAGAGGAGACCACACAAACAUUUAUAAGAGAAAAAAAAAAGAAUAUUGCAGCUAUGGCUCCGAUGUUGCAAGGCGGAUGGAUCAAGAUAGUGGAUCAGAUAGCAGGACGACCAGCACCAAGAAGCUCACACGGCAUAGCCGUGAUCGGAGACAAGCUCUACUGUUUCGGCGGCGAGGAUCCGCCAUACGAGUCCAUGGACAAAGACCUUUAUGUCUUUGACUUCAACACUCACAGUUGGUCAACCGCUCCGGCCAGGGGAGACGUCCCAACGAUCAACGCCUUAGGCACCCGCAUGGUGGCCGUGGGAACUACGCUCUAUGUAUUCGGAGGCCGUAAUAAACAGUCACAGUUUGAAGACUUUUACUCGUACGAUACGGUGAAAGGGGAGUGGAAGUUCCUGACGAAGCUGAACCAAGAGGGAGGACCCGAGGCUCGUACUUUCCAUUCGAUGACUUCGGAUGAAAACCACGUGUACGUGUUCGGCGGGGUGAGCAAAGGCGGGCUGAAUGCGACCCCCUUUCGGUUCAGGACCAUCGAGGCGUAUAACAUUGCUGAAGGGAAAUGGACUCAGCUCCCUGACCCUGGAGAGGAUUUCGAGAAAAGAGGAAUGGCUGGAUUCCUUGUGGUGCAAAACAAGAUUUGGGUGGUUUACGGGUUCGCGACUGCGAAUGAUCCUAAUGUACCACCCAAACGCUACGGGUCCCAAGACUACGAGUCGAACCGUGUGCACUACUUUGAUCUGGAUACUCAAGAAUGGACCGAAGUGGAGACUACAGGUGUCGAGAAACCUUCUCCGAGGAGCUGCUUUGCGCAUGCGGCUGUGGGGAAAUAUAUAAUAAUAUUCGGAGGUGAGAUCGAGCGGGACCCACAAGCACACCAAGGUCCUGGAACGUUGUCCCGUGAGGCUUUCGUGUUGGACACUGAGACGUUGGUGUGGGAGAGGCUGGAAGGAGGAGAUGAACCGAUCCAACGCGGCUGGGUGGCCUCCACGACGGCGACCAUUUAUGGAAAGAAAGGUCUGCUCAUGCAUGGAGGGAAACUUAUGAACAACAAGCGCACCGAGGACAUGUACUUCUACGCAGUCAAUUCUGCCUAGUCAAUGCUCUCUCACCCUCCAAGGUUUUUAUAUGAUUCAAUAAUAAAGGUUUGCGUGACCUUCAAGGUUUGUUUUUCUUUUCAAAAGUUAUUAAAUCAAAUAAAUGUGUGUGAUGCACAUGCAAAACUGUGUACAUGUGUCUGUGGUUUGAAAUUGGUAUAUAUCACUUGAAUAAAGCAAUAUGUGUUUGUGUUCGUGAGUCUAAUAAAUCAUAUAAUGAUAUGAAGUUAUCUACAAAAUUGUUGUAUCAUUUAAUU